UGCUUAGGAGCUGAAGGCUUCCAUGAAGGGGCUAGGUACUGAUGAGAACUCUCUCAUUGAGAUCAUCUGCCCAAGGACCAUCCAGGAGCAGCAGGAAAUUAACAGAGUCUACAACGAAAUGUACAAGACUGAUAUGGAGAAAGACAUUAUUUCUGACACAUCUGGUGACUUCCACAAGCUGAUUGUUGCCCUCACAAAGGGUAGAAGAGCAGAAGAUGGCACUAUCAUUGAUUAUGAACUGAUUUACCAAGAUGCCUGGGAUCUCCAUGAUGCUGGAGUGAAGAGGAAAGUAACUGAUGCUUCCAAGUGGAUCAGCAUCAUGACCCAGGAGUUCGUGUGCCACCUCCAGAAAGUAUUUGACAGGUACAAGUGCUACAGCCCAUAUGACAUUUUGCAGAUUUCCAAAAUGAGAAUGUUCCAAAAACACAUGCAAAGCACUCAGCAUCCUGUCAAUAGUGGCUAUGAUGACCCAGCCAUGAUGAAGACGAUCCUAAUUAUUUAUCCCGACUCCUCACUGAAAAAGGUUGUGGCAUCUGGUGCCCAAUGUGGGGCAUCUGGAGAAGAAGAUUCGCCUGAGCGGAAAAACGAAGAAAAAAGGAAAUUCACCAGAAAGGGAAGAACUGACCAGAUUAAUGAGGACCUUGCACCUGGAACCGCACCUUGUACCUGCAGCUGCAGACAAUUGACUACUCCAGCCACAGAUAACAGUAGCCCCAAGCAAAACACUGAAGAUAAGGAGUGGCAGGAGAACAAGACGGAUGAUAAACAGUCCGGAGAUGACCUGGGGGAUGGUGAAGAAGACAGUCCAGAAAGCCGAGAGAAUUUGUGA